AUGCCCAUGAAUCCGCGAGUCUUGUUUCACAAUGUGGUGUCAGACUCUGUGUAUCUUCGACAUGGGCUUCUCGUUCGUAGUUCUCGGCCUUGGCCCUGGCCUUGGGGCCGUCGCAGCCCCUAUCUCUUCGGAAUUCUCGUCGUGCUUGGGCAGGAAAAUGGGUCUUUUGAUACCCUCGCUGGGGGUUUCACGUAUAAUCCUAAUAUCGAUGGCUUGGUCAACCAAAAAUACUGCAAUCCUGCCAACGUCUCGGUUCCGAGCACGGAGGAUAUCUGCGCGGCUGGUAUUGCGAAAACCAUCGCGUCGAUCUCGACCACACAAUCACUGGCGUAA